AUGUCUCAAUCAGAGAGCUUCAUGGCCACCCGUCCCUUGGAAAACAUCAGAUUACAGGUGAAGCCAAGUCGAGGCCCUCCUGCUCACUCUUCCAAUGUGCACGGGCAAAACAGCUUGAAAAAUCAGGGGAUACGAAUCGUUCACGCGGCUCGCCCAGAGGGUAGCGGACCAACUAACCAGGCGACUGGAGCCAAUUUUUAUCUCCCAUACGUGUCCAAUUCACUUGCCGUCAAAAUCAAGCACACGAGGACUUCACGUGGACGUGGCGUUUUUACUACUCAGAGCUUUCCAGCAGGUCACAGAAUCCUGCGUGAGGGAGCAAUCUUCAGCUGUCUUCAUCCAUCGCAGGCAGAUGACCCCGAAUGGAGGAGGGCAGUUGUUGAUCGUUGGCGCUGGCUCGCGGUGCUGGACCAAAGGUGGUUCAAGGAUCACUUCCCCCAGAUACAAUAUAUGCCAUUGGGAACGCUAGAGCUCACGCCACAUGAGGCCAAAAAAUUUCUCUGCUUCGUUUUGGAGUACGCUUUCAGCAAUCCCCAGCGAAACAGGAUAAACAUCUACCCCUUUGCGUCUCACAUAAACCACGCGUGUGACAAGUGCGCCAAUGCUGAAUUCUGGAUCCAAGCAGAGGCACCGGACAGGAUCACCGUCAGACUUGUCAGGAAUGUGAGGAAGGGCCAGGAAAUAUUCAUCAACUAUAACAGACCUUCGGGCAAUACGUUUGGUUGUGCCGUCUGCGGCGCUCGGGAUGGGGAGACAUCUCGCUUUAGACAAUUCUGGCAGGGGAUACGUCGCCGGGCUCACGGAGUUUGGUCAUAUCAGAGUGAGCCCGAGCCGGAGCCUAUUUCGACUCAGCCUCAGCCUGUUCCUGUCACAGGAGACAUCGUGGAUUCAGCAACGACUGAGGCUCCAGAAGAUGCUGUUGGUAUCUCACAAAGCACCGUGCAUCCAGCGACUGUCGCAGCCUCAAGAGACGGGAAGACUACAAGAGAUCCUAAGGCUCUAAUAGAGACGGUAACCCCGGUAGGCGAAGCCAACUCACCCGAGACUCAUAAUUCAUUUCAGCGAUGGGCUUCGGCUCGGUGGGCCUCACUCCGCAAAAGCAUGAGAUGA